AUGGGCGGCGCGACGGUGCUCGCGGUCGCCGGCGGCCUGCUCUGCAUCUUCGCCUGCCUCGCCAUCAGCGGCGACCCCGAGCUCGUGCGGAAGACGGCCUGGUCCAUCGGCGAGAGCAAAUUCGGCGGCGGCAAGAUCUACCUCGGCCUCUCGAAGCUCGUCAUCUACGACAACGGCGACAAGGUCACGGACGUGAGCUGGAAGAACGUCGACUGCGACGCGCUGCCCCAGCUCGGCGACGACUGCGAAGACUGCAAGGACAGCGCACGGGGCAUCGUCCAGACGGCGAUCAUCGCCGCGGUCACGCACGUGCCCACGAUCUGCACGUACGUCCAGCGCUGCAGCCGCUACGGCGACCGCAACUGCCAGAAGACGCUGGGCAUCGUCACGGGCACGCUCGGCUUCGUGUCGACGCUGAGCGCGCUCCUGAGCUUCAACGCGAACUGCAUCGACGUCGGCUCCGACUUCUUCGACACGAAGCCCGGCCGCGGCUACGUCGCCAUCAGCCUGGGCAUCGUCCUCACGUUCCUCGGCGUCUUCUUCCACGUUUUUCUCAAGACGCCGCCGGCGACCUACGCGGGCGUCGCCAAGGGCGCGGACUUCGACGACUCCGGCUUCCGCAAGCUCUAG